CCAAUCGGCGCACUCGCCCUCAAACAAAUCCAUUAUUUGCUAAGUAACGAGGGGGGCCGAUGUGGAGCCCAGGCAGGGGGCUCCGGGAGACACUUCUUCCCCAGCUGGGCGAGGCACCUCAUGCUGGCACUAGGGAGCCUUGCGGCCUGGGUCUUGGCUUUAGCCCUCCUCUGCCUCCUAGCCACGGAGCUCUGGGGGCCAGGCGGGGGCAGCUUGCUCCCUAGCCGGGAGCCAGGGGGUGCAGGCGAGGAAGAAGAUGGGGACAAUGUCAUUGGGGAGGAGGGGCCUGGGGCAGGGCACUGCAGGCUCAUCUGCAAAUCCUCCGCCCUGGCCCAGAGCCUGCUGAGGAGCCUGCGACGGGGCACUGCCCUGCAGAGCGGGCGCUGGCUGUGGAGGACCUGGCCUAAGCUACAGACCACUUUCCAGCUUCUCUUCCCCCCUGCCCACCAGCCAGAGCUGGCCCGGGAGCUCCUGCAGCUGGCCGACGGGGGUCUGGUUGCCCUGGACUGGGUCAUGGGGCCCCGUGGCACCAGCAAGAGGAGUAGAGCAACCACUGCCUUUGGCACCCCCCCGGUGCUGCUUGUCCUCCCCAAUGCCUCCGGGAAGGUCACCAGGGGCAUCCUGCACCUCUGCCUGCUGGCCCUGGAGCAGGGCUACAAGCCCGUCAUCUUCAACCGAAGGGGACACAACGGCAGCCCGCUCACCAGCCUGAAGCUGCAGGCCUUCGGGGACCCAGGCGACCUCAAGGAGGCAGUGACAUAUAUCCGCGUGCGGCAGCCAGGUUCCUCGCUCUGCGCCGUGAGCGAGGGCUCAGGCUCAGGCCUGCUCCUCUCCUACCUGGGAGAGUGUGGCUCCUCCAGCUACCUGGCUGCAGCGGCUUGCAUCUCGCCCGUGUUCAGGUGCCAGGAGUGGCUGGAGACCGGGUGCCCCUGGCUGUAUGAGUGGAGUCUGCUCCUGCACCAGAAACGAGGCCUCAGCAGGUAUGCCACCGCGCUGGCAGAGGUUGUGGAGACAGGCAGGCUGUUCAGGAGCCGCUCGCUCCGGGAAUUCGAGGAAACCCUCUUCUGCCAGACCAAGAGGCAUCCUGUCACCUGGGACGCUUACUGGGAUCGCAACGACCCCCUCCGGGAGGUGGAUGAGGCAGCCGUCCCGGUCCUGUGCAUCUGCAGCGCCGACGACCCUGUCCGAGGACCUCCGGCCAACACCCUCCCCAUGGAGCUCUUCCACAGCAGCCCCUAUUUCUUCUUGCUGCUGACACCACACGGAGGGCACUGCGGCUUCCUGAGGGAGGGGCCCUGCUCCUGGAGCCACGAGGUGACGCUGGAGUACUUCACAACCGUGGCGGAGUUCUUUCGCACGGAGGAGAGGCUGAAGGGGCUGCAGCGGUACAGGAAGGGCGUCCUGCAGAAGAGAGAGGCUUCCUCUGCUGCCUGCCACCUCCAGGAGAUCUUCAGCUGGCAGAGGUCCUACACCAGGUAGCACCAGGCCGGUCUAGCACCUCUCCAUAGUGUCCCUGGGAGAGGCUGUCCAAGGGCCAUGCAGCGCUGUGCAGUCACCCCCCAUUAGAGGACAAGCAGCACGCAGUGUUGCACAGCCUUCCCCUUGCACGCUCACACCAGCAUGGCAGGCACUGCACACACAGGCCCUGUCAUCCCCUCCCCACAGAAACAGACUGUUGAAAGCCCACAUGGCUGACAUGACUGGUGUGUUCCCACCACCCUGGAAAUGGCCCAGGCUGUGCACUCUCAGGGCUGAGCACGGCUAACUCAGCCUCGCCCUGAUCCUAUGAAACUCCACUAGCUCAUGCGGUUCCCAGUGGCCAGCCCGAGUGUGCUGGGGUGGGAAAGUGCCCUGGGGUCAAAGCAAUCUCCAUCGUGCCCCUGCCAUGGGUGGGCGCUGUGCUGCUGAAGGAACAGUGUUCAGGGAGAUGCAAAGCCCACGCCCUGGUCCUCGGGCGCUCUCCACAGGAGGU